GCGGAAGAAGAAAGAAGCGUCACUCCGAGGGGUAAAAACCAGACUCAAAAUGGUGUACAGAGGAAGUCUGCAGACCGACGAUCCUCGCGAUGCUCCUAAGCUGCUCCGCAUGGCGCCGCUGCGCGCGAGCGGUCCGAGGGCCCCGAAAUUGGGCCCAUCGGCCGUCGGGAGUAGCCGAACGGACUCACGGAGUGGGGAGGAAAAGGGCUGCGCUCGCGGAGGGGGGAUGAAGAUCGGCGUCCCGAGGCUGCGAAACAUAAACCAGAUUCGGGAGACGGUUUUCGUCGACGGUUCGCUGACGCCGAUCGAGCUGAUCGGCCGGAACGGAGGUCGGCCAUUUUCUGCGUCAGUUUCAUCGGAAAUGGAGGCGGUGAAAAACGCGCGAAACUUCCGGCCGCAGAGCACGAUGUUGGCAAACCUGCGAGACCUGGAGAGGCUGCGAAACACGCCGCCGUCCGAACGGAGCGGAAAGAUCGGCAGAUCGGCGGACGCGACGGACGUUAAAUUGCUCUCGAGAAUGGCGGCGACAGAGCUGCGGAACGUGGCCGGAAAUCCGAGUCGCGAGGCGCUCAAGAUUCAGUCAGAUAUCUCCAGGAUCCAGCGUAUGUUCGAGGGAUCAAUUAGCGCCGGAAGUCCGCCGGUUAAGAAGAUCGAACAAGGCAAUCGCGAGGCUGCCAGACGCCUUAAACCAAGACCGGAAGUCACGCGGCCGAGGAUUUUGGGCCAGGAACUUUCGGACGCGCGGAAAGAGUCGAGGGAGAAAGUCUGCGACUUGAAACCACCGAAACACGCCACCAGGUCGCAAUUAGGGGUCCUUGAAUCGCCGCUCAGAAAAUCGGAGGCCCCAUUGGUUCCGCUCAGGAGGCGGAAGGAGACGCCACAGGACAGAGGCGAUCCUGCCAUCCUGGUGGACCUGACUCGUGGACAGAAAAUUCCGCCGCGAAAUCAACUCGACGAUUCCAGGGGUGGAGAUCCUGCACCGAAUACGAGGACCCACCCGGGUCAGGCUCUUCAGCGACCCGACAUCCUCGAAGGACUCGUCAAGGAGUCGGACCGGCAGAUCGCCGAUCUUCAGCAGGACAUCAACGCCAGGAGGAGCAGACCAAGGAGCGUUUGGCGCGGCAUGGUACAGUCCAUGAGGCUUCACGACGUCGAGCUUCAUUCUGACAACGAAGAACAGCACAAAGAUAUCAACUUGUGGAACAAGAGUAUAAGCCAGCGGUGGCGGAAGCUGAGGCGAAGAUGCUCGGUCCAGGAAAUCCCGGAGCCUCAGGAGUCGCUGAUUCAAGGUGGAGGAGCGAGCAGAGGAGUGAUCCAGGCGGUGAGAUCGACGCCGACGAGUCGGGAAGUCUCGCCUGCUGCGAAAUCCUUGGAGGAAAGAUCCUCGCCGAAGAAACUCCUGCAGACCAGUUCCCUCAGGCUUCCAGGAACCUCGAAGGGUCUAUCGGACAUCCAGCAGGUGCUGCGCAGUAAGUUCAGCAAGAUAAACGCUGGUAUCCGAAAGCGCAAGGCACUGAGCGUGACGGAGGUGUUCCCAGCGGGGGCGAAGGACGCGGGUUCAAGUUUCUACGUCCCGAGCCCGUUGAGCACAUCGGCGAGCCAGGGAUUCCCGGCGGGAAGUUACUCGGACCCAGAAGACGGGCCGAUGUCGUUGCCGCCGUACCCCUUCCACGAUAACCUGGAGACCCUGACGGAGACCAGCGCCCCCAAUUCGCCCCGUUUCAAAGGGCCCCCUCAGGUUUCCCGAAGCUUUGCGGAACUCGACGAGAACCAGAAGAACGUGGCCUUUGGCCGUCCAGCGCGCGGCGCUUUGCACAGGAGCAAUUCGGAGCAUCGGGGGGAGCGUGAGGCCCCCGAGGGGGGCCUGUUUCGGGGGCCCAGGGGGCGUGGGCCCGCCGAAGGGGACUGCGGCCUGGCGCGAAGCCAUUCGGAGACGCGGGACAGCCACUCCUACGAGAACGUCAACUUCCAGCGGGUCUCGAAGCCCAGGAACCACUCGGACUCGAGCUACGAGAGCGUCCAUAUCCCGAGGGUGACGCCCAGGAAGAGGACCACUGAGUUCAAGAUCGGGGGCCAGGUCUCGGGGCCCAAUCACGCCAGUCCUUCGUCCGUUUCCGGUUCCGCCGGUGUUCUCACGUCCCUCGAUGAGGGCCCCUCGAGUCUUGGUACCCGCAGGAGUCCUGCUGGGAAGAAAAAUGGGCGAAGAUUGAACAGCCGCAGUGUUGCCAAUAUUCCAAACUCCUCAGGGAACGCUCUCAAGGUCUGGCAGGGUGCUCAGGACACUGACGAGGGUCUGAACUCGGACUCGGAGCUUGAGGACAUCGACGAAAGUCUCGAGGGCGAGGAGUCCAGGUUCUGCACUCUACCGAGACCGGGGAAGGGUGGGGUGUCCUUCACGAUCAUGACUGCCAGGUUCCUGAAGGGCCCCGGCCACAAGGUCCUGGGCUUCAGCAUUGUUGGGGGCACUGACAGCCCCCGAGGUAACAUGGGGAUCUACGUCAAGACGAUAUUCCGUAACGGGCAGGCCGCUGAUCUGGGAACCGUAAAGGAAGGCGACGAGAUACUGUCGAUAAACUCGAAGCCUCUCCACGGUAUGACGCACGCCGAAGCGAUUGCCGAAUUCAAAUCCGUCAAAGCUGGAGACGUCGUCCUGCACAUCGGACGUCGAAUUUCGAGACGUAAACGGGAAUCGUUAUCCUUGGCUCCGGCUACCACGAGCCCCUUGCAGGCGGUUAAUUAGCACUAACAAAGAGCGAAUGACGAUCGAAAUCGGAAAACCAAUUAUAUCGAUAAUUAU